GUUUGAGUAUGGUAUGUCUAAAAAAAUAGCUCAAUAAAUAAGAACAAUUACAUAGACUCUAGAUUCAGCUGUUGCUGAAAAUUAAUAUAUCUGAAGUGUCGCUAUCGAUGCGGUUGUCUAUGCAAGGUAACAAGCAGGGACGUCUAUUUUAAAUUCUCCAUUAGGAACACAAUCCAAAAACACCUUGCUUGACUAUACGAGUCAGUUUUUCAUAAAAAGAACCUACGAUAUUGGAGUGCCGAGAAAUGUGGUCACGAAAGCGUGCUAGUGCAACGCACCAUUUUCAUUUUUCUUUUACACUUGUUCUACUUUUAAGAUUCGUCAUCUUUCUAGGUUGUGUGAUCAUGUCACAUACAUUUGCUUGACGCUUUUUUCACUAAGAAAUUUGGAAUCGAAAAAAAUCUUUAUAAAUUACUUCUGCCCAGCCAUGGCCGUCUAAAAACCGUUGUGAAUAAAAAAAUGGAUUUCUCGCUUAUUUUAUUGUCAUAAUUGGAUGGGUGACUUGUAAGUACAAAAUUAAAAGACAAUCAGACCAAGAUAAGAUGGCUGCGAUUUUACAGCCUAGGCAGUGCAAGUGUUAUUUGAAACGUCAAAUUUCUAUGAAAUUAUGACGUUUACUUAAUACGUGCACAAGCUGGGCUACCAAAAUCGCUGCUUACUUAUCCUGGUCUGACUCUAGUAUUGUUUCAAUUUCGGUUCCAAUUUUUUUUGUGAAGUGUCAAAUUCAAUAAUAGUCGGUUGCUACGCCUUAUCGCAUAAAUUAAGUGGCCAGCUAAUUUUGAUGAGGUCCGGCAGGAGGCGGUGCAGCAGGCGCUAGCAGAGAUGCAGAACAGACCCAAGCCGUCGCUGCCCAUGCCGUCGAAGCGGACCUCCAUGAUGGCUAAGAGCCCGGACAGAGAGCGGCACGACCUUUCAUCAAGUUCAGACGAGGACUCCUGCGCGGGCGACACAGACCUCCCUCCUCCCCCCGAGCUGGGGUCACCCCCUGCGCGGCGGCCCGCCGCACCGCACCCUCGCUCACAUCCGCAUCCCCUCCCCCAACCCCCUCACCACCGCGAGAGGGAGCGGGAACGGGAGAGAGAGAAGAAACACGUGAGGGAGAGGACAGAGAUAGAUCUGUCGGAGAUGACACAUUUGCCUGCAUACAUCCAACCGGACGUAACACACACAUCGGCCGGCGCGCGACGCGGCGGUGCGCUGGUCGCCGACCGUGUCGGGUGCUAUCAAUCAGACGAUACCGGCACAGGGACCGGGCGAUGGAAGGUAUCAGCCAAGAUUCAACAGCUGCUCAACACACUAAAGCGGCCAAAACGGCGACCUUUACCAGAGUUCUACGAGGACGAUGACAUCGAGCUUGAGAUCGCGGCGAACCCCAAGGACCCCAACGCCCCCAAGCCCGAGGGUGGCACCAUGACCCCAGCGGUGGGCGAGCAGCUGGUUGUCCCCGCUGGGCUCCCCAGGAACCUGGAGGCGGCGCUACAGAGAUACGGCACGGCGUCGUUUAAAGCUAAUGUGGCUACGGUUUUAGACCCGAAUGGGAAAUUGAGUAACUCGCUUACUUAUGGCAAACUACUAAGCCGCUCGCUCAAAAUUGCGUUCGCGCUGCUCAACAAAUCCUUCACAUCGAAGGCGAGCAGCGGCGGCCCGUUAACCGGCGACACAUCCAUCAAGCCUGGUGACCGCGUGGCUCUGGUGUACCCGAACAACGACCCGAUUAACUUCAUGUGCGCGUUCUACGGGUGUCUUCAGGCUGGUGUGGUGCCUGUGCCCAUUGAAGUGCCGCUGACGAGGAGAGAUGCGGGGCUGCAGCAAGUCGGGUUCCUGCUCGGGUCUUGUGGGAUACAGUACGCGCUUACUUCCGACGCGUGUCUCAAAGGCCUACCAAAGACGUCCUCCGGCGACGUCGUCUCGUUCCGCGGCUGGCCGUCCCUCCAAUGGGUGUCCACGGAGAAGCUUCCCCGCCCCCCACGCGACUGGAUCCCGCCCCCGCGCCCCGCGGACGACAGCCCCGCACACAUCGAACACACGUCGGCGGUCGACGGGUCUGCCAUGGGCGUCAUUGUUACACGUCAAUCAAUGCUGGCGCACUGCCGCAUGCUCUCAGUAGCCUGCAACUACACCGAGGGCGAGCACAUGGUGUGCGUGUUGGACUUCAAGCGGGAGACCGGUCUGUGGCACGCCGUGCUUGCGAGCGUGCUCAACGGGAUGCACGUCAUAUUCAUCCCGUAUGCGCUGAUGAAAGUCAGCCCGGCUUCGUGGAUGCACAUGAUCACUAAAUACAGGGCAUCAGUGGCGAUAGUAAAGUCGCGCGACCUCCACUGGGGGCUCCUCGCCACCCGCGACCACAAGGAGAUCUCACUCACCUCUCUGCGCAUGCUGCUGGUCGCUGACGGCGCCAACCCCUGGUCGCUGUCGUCGUGCGACCAGUUCCUCUCCGUGUUCCAGAGCAAGGGUGUCCGCGGCGACGCGAUAUGCCCAUGCGCGUGCAGCAGCGAGUCUCUCGUGGUGUGCGUCCGUCGCGCGGGUCGCGGGGGCUCCUCGGCCGGCCGCGGCGUGCUGUCCAUGUCCGGGCUCUCGUACGGUGUGGUCCGUGUGGACGCUGAGAACUCGCUCACGUCGCUCACGCUGCAGGACUGCGGGCAGGUCAUGCCGUCGUGCGUAAUCGUCGUAGUGAAAAUGGAGGGCCCUGCGUACCUCUGCAAGACGGACGAAGUUGGUGAAAUGUGCGUUCUCUCCGGAGCUACGGGUUCCGGCUACUGGGGCCUACCGGGGCUGACGAACACAGUGUUCCGAGUGAGGCCGCUCGAUGCUGAUGGCGAGACCAUAGGAGAGGAGAGCUAUGUCAGGAGCGGGCUGCUGGGAUUCUUGGGGCCUGGUGGUCUCGUGUUCGUCUGCGGCUCCCGCGACGGGCUGAUGACGGUGACGGGCCGCAAACACAACAUGGACGACAUCAUCGCGACCGUGCUCGCUGUCGAACCGAUGAAGUUCAUAUACCGAGGGCGCAUUGCUGUGUUCUCUGUACGGGUGUUGAGGGAUGAGAGGAUCUGCAUUGUUGCUGAGCAGCGGCCGGAUUGUGGGGAAGAAGAGUCAUUCCAAUGGAUGUCCCGCGUGCUCCAAGCAGUGGACUCGAUCCACCAGGUCGGCAUCUACUGCCUAGCGCUGGUCCAGCCCAACUACCUACCGAAGACUCCACUCGGCGGGAUUCACCUCAGCGAGUGCAAGCGGCGCUUUUUGGAAGGAACUCUACACCCGGCCAAUGUCCUGAUGUGUCCGCAUACUUGCGUCACUAACCUGCCGAAGCCGAGGGAAAUACACUCAGACGUUGGGCCGGCGUCAGUGAUCGUGGGCAACCUGGUGCAGGGCAAUCGCCUGGCAUCCGCGCAGGGCCGCGAUAUGGGAUAUACAGACGACUCAGACGCUGCUAGAAAGUAUCAAUUUAUAUCUCAAAUCCUGCGAUGGCGCGCGCAGAGCACGUCUGAUCACGUCAUCUUCACGCUCCUCAACUCGAAGGGUGCCGUGUCCAAGGUCCUUACCUGCGCCGAACUACACAAGAAGGCCGAGAGGAUCGGCAACCUCCUCCUAGAGAAAGGAAGGGUCAACACUGGAGACCACGUAGCGCUCAUUUUCCCUCCCGGGAUUGAUCUCAUUUGCGCGUUCUACGGAUGUCUCUACGUGGGCGCCGUCCCCGUGACCAUUCGGCCGCCGCACCCGCAGAACCUCCACACCACCCUCCCGACAGUCAGAAUGAUCGUCGACGUCAGCAAAGCGACUCUAGUCCUCUCAAACCAGUCUGUGAUAAAACUGCUGCGAUCCAAGGAAGCCAGCAAUGUCCUCGAUAGCAAAGCUUGGCCGAUAACUCUCGACACCGACGAUAUGCCUAAAAAGAAACUACCAAUUUUAUACCGUGCGCCUACUGCAGAAAUGUUAGCGUACCUCGACUUCAGUGUAUCCACAACGGGAAUGCUCGCCGGCAUCAAAAUGUCGCACGCCGCAGUCACGUCUCUCUGUCGGUCCAUGAAAAUAGCUUGCGAAUUAUACCCCUCCAGACAUAUAGCGCUAUGCCUAGACCCCUACUGUGGCCUCGGAUUCGCUCUCUGGUGCCUGAGCAGCAUAUAUUCCGGGCAUCACUCGAUUUUGAUCCCGCCUUCCGAAGUGGAGAUCAACCCUGGACUUUGGUUGAGCGCCGUGUCACAAUACAAAGUGAGGGACACGUUCUGCUCGUAUGGAGUGAUGGAGUUAUGCACUAAAGGGCUGGGAAGCUCUGUGAAUCAGCUCAAGUCUAAAGGAAUCAAUUUGGCUUGCGUGCGAACAUGCGUCGUGGUCGCCGAGGAGAGGCCGAGGAUAAACUUGACGAAUUCGUUCUCGAAGCUGUUCUCGGCGUUAGGGCUCAGCCCUCGCGCCGUUUCGACGUCUUUCGGCUGCCGAGUGAACAUAGCGAUCUGCCUCCAGGGUGCCUCGAGCCCUGAGCCGUCUACGGUAUACGUAGACUUGCGUGCGCUGCGCAACGACAGAGUAUCGUUAGUAGAACGCGGCAGCCCGCAUUCGCUGUGUCUAAUGGAGUCCGGGAAGCUUUUGCCCGGUGUGAAAGUUAUUACAGCGAAUCCUGAAACGAAAGGACAAUGCGGAGACUCGCAUUUGGGUGAAAUUUGGGUUCAAUCGCCGCAUAGUGCGAGCGGAUACUUCACGAUAUACGGGGACGAGAGUGACUACGCGGAUCAUUUUUGCGCUCAGCUCGUGACUGGGAACACGGGUGAAGUUUACGCGAGGACGGGGUACCUAGGGUUUUUGAGGAGGACUGAGAUCAGUACGACUGCGAGCGCAGGGGACGACAGUUCGUUGAUGAUCAGAGACAGCGACACGGAGUCGCUGGCGUCGGCGUGCGGCAGCGUGAGCGGCGCGAGCGUGCAGGAGUCGCACGACACGCACGACGCGGUGUUCGUGGUGGGCGCGCUGGACGAGACCAUCAUGCUGCGCGGCAUGCGGUACCAUCCCAUCGACAUUGAGAACUCGGUCAUGCGGUGCCACAAGAAGGUUGCUGAAUGCGCCGUGUUCACGUGGACGAACCUUCUCGUCGUGGUGGUGGAGCUGGACGGAAGCGAUAGCGAGGCCCUGAACCUCGUGCCCCUCGUCACCAACACAGUCCUCGAAGAGCACCACCUCAUAGUGGGCGUGGUCGUGGUGGUGGACCCGGGAGUGGUCCCCAUCAACUCCCGGGGCGAGAAACAACGCAUGCACCUGAGGGACGGUUUCCUUUCCGACCAAAUUGAUGCCAUCUACAUCGCGUAUAACAUGUAAAAUGGUUAGUCAAUAUUUUAGCUGAUGUUACAUUUGACUUAAGCAAAAAUUUCCCUACAUUCGUAAUUCAUGGGUUUUUCUUUUUGUCAAAUAUUGUCGAGAAAACUUAACUCGAAUUUAUCAUAGUAAUUUUACGAAACAAACCUCAGGGUUUUAUUCGGUAAGAAAGAUCGCUAGGUCAAAUGAAAUGUUAGGUAAAUUGAUAUUUGGUCAACUAAUACCCGCGUGGUAACUUGUUUGGAGCAGUUGUCAAGUAACUAAUACAGUCCGAGGUUUAAUCCUGUGAUUAAAUGAUUUAAUGAAUUGUUUCAAAAAUCGACUAUAGCAACAUACAGCGACAAGAUUCCAAGACGUUACCUUAUCUUUACGAAGUUGUAACUUCUACAUUUCUUCAAGAUAUGUCUUGUCUUGACUGUUUGUAUAUGUAAAUUAGCUGUAUUUGACGACUGUAGGUACCCCAGUUGACCUUUGACAAUCUCCAUUUGAACAAGAAACUGUGACAGAAGCUGUUACUUCAGAUUUGUUAACGAAAAACUAAUGCAAUCGUUUGGAAGGCUUUUGUUCGGGCAAUAGACGGAUUCUGUGACGAUUGGUCCGUGGUUAGUGUCUUAUAACCUGGAAGACAAAUGUAUUUUUAUUGAUUCUACCUUUGAUUGCCAGAUAGAGAUGUCUUUUACUUUUAAAUUUAUAUAAUUAAUUGAGGUUUCGUUAGGCAGGUGUCGUAAACGAGAAACAAUUCUUCACUCUGUGUAAUUAAAACAAUAAAUAAGAAUUACUGAAAAUAUUCAGUAACUAGUGCUCGGCCCGAUCGAAGAAUCAGUCUAUUAGCUAUUGAGCGCGCCAUACGCAUUCCAAGCGAGCCCCAUCGUAAGGACCUUGGAACACCGACUAAAACCCCCACCACUUUGUAACUUACCAUUUUACCCUCUCACCCUUUCCAAAUUGGAAUUUUUUAAAACAAAUUAGCAUAGUUAGUAGUUUCGGUGCCGGCGCCUAAACGAUUUUUAAGAUUAUAUUUUGUAAGGUUGUUUAAAAGUUACCAGUUCGGUGUCAAAAUUGUUAUCUGACUCUAGAUUAGUUUUUUGAAAUUGAUAAAAUACUUAGUAUUUAGCUGAAACGCCGGCACCGGCACCGACCCACGCAUAUUUUACGAUAUCUAAGACUAAACGAAUUCUAAGACAAGUUAAUUACAUCGUAUCGUAUGUACGGUAAGCAAAAGCUGGCGCUUUAGUACCUUGUCGUAUUACGAGCUAUCAAGUGACGUGAAACGAAAAUCAGAAAUAGUUGAGUACGACAAAGCGCUAAAAUGUAUAGCAUUUUGAUAUUACCGUGCUUUGAGCUCGAAUCAAGAUCGGGACAAGACUGAUGCAAGUCUGAAUUCUAGAAAAGUUUUUUACUUUCACUUUAAGGUAUUUUUACCGCCCCUUAUUCCCAGUAAUGUAACUUGGAUGUGGAACUUUUGGAACAGUGACAUGGGACAGUGAAUUAACGCAUGAUUCGGGUUUGUGCAGUAAUUAUAUUUGUUAGUGUAAUUGUUGUAUGCAAACCUCAAAAUUGUGGCAUUUCUAGGUUUGCCUUAGGGUUUACUAGUGGUCCGAGGAAAAGUUUAAAGCCAUUUCAACCUUCAGUCGGUCCUAGGAGUGACCAACUUAUACAGUUGAGGCCGAAAUACAAACUGAUCAAAUCGGAUUUUUAUCAGUCAGUCAAUCUCAAAGUUGACGAAACCCAACGCUUCUAACGUCACAUGGAAACAAACUUUGUUCUCCAUUUACAAAACUCUGAUUUUAUCGGUGUACGUUUUGAGGGAUCAGGGAUCUUAUUUUUAUUGGUCACAUCUAAAAUUUACUAGUUAAAGGUCAAAACUCGGUUUUGAGUUUCGCUCGAGACUGAUAUAACUGCUGCAAUUUCGGGGUUUGACCACAACAUAAUGAUUAGAACUUAUAAAAUUAUAUAAUAAUUGAUAAUUAUCCGAGAAACAGCUUGUACUGUUUUUAUUAUACACAAUUAUAUUGUUGUGAUUAUCAUUCAAGUAAUUUAUCGUAGUUGUAAAUUUAUGUAUGACAGUCAGUAAUGAGUGUUAGUGACGAUAAUGUUUCGCAUUUAAUAUUAUAUGUUUAACUUUAGUUUCGCGGUUCGGUUAAAGUCGACAAUAACGAGAUGACGAUACUGGAAUCCGGUGAAACUGACAAAAUGAAAUUCUCGUACCAUAGUGUUAGCUUUAUUACGUGUUAGUUCUCGUAAUAAGUAGUAAUAAAUAGAAGGAAUGGUUACAGCUUACGCAUCAUAUAAGGGUUUCCAAGCACGAUGAAUUUCGUAUAGGUAUUGACCCUGUCUUUAUCGCACGCGUUUCGCAUAACAGUGGCAUUGACGUAUAAAAUAUCCAUGCGAUAGAGAUAGAAACAUGCGAAGCAAUGUACGACAUUCUUCGUGCUUAGUAUCCUUACUUUAACAGCACCACUCUUAACUGAUCAUUUGUGGUCCUUAUGUCUUUGUGAUAAGGUUCACGUAUUGUCAGUUGACAGUGUGGACUGUGGUCGAUGCGUCGCAGCUUUUCUCUAGAAUGUUAGCUUUACUUCACACUCUUUUGUUCCGUAGCACGGUUUGAUCUGAGUUUGUAAAGUUUCACUAGUUUUAGUUUCUACUUGAAAACGGAAUGUAACCAUUACACAUACAUAUGUAUGGAUGAAUUAAGAUACUUCUAUUUUAGAUUGAUAUAAUAUCUACAGAUUUAAUGCCACUUUGUGUUACUAAGGGCAUAGACAACAUUAUUGUUCGUAAAUAUUUUGACCAAUGGGUUUCUGGCUAAAAUAAGAAAGCCAGAUGGAAAGACCUUGUGACCACCCUCUUCAUUUUAUACGUAAAGAAUACCUUCCCAUUUUACAUUUUCCUUUUCAAGCUCAAAUAAAACCUUGCUAUGGUUCGUUGUGACCAGCACUGGCUCUUAGCUCAAUUUAAAUAAAAUUUGAGCCGCUUUCAAUUCACUUCGAUUUUGCUCAAAUAGGCGCUUAUUUGCACCUGUACCGGUGAAAACUACCUUAUCAAAAUCUUAUCCAUAUUCGUUUCAUAGUGACCUAUUAUAAGUUUUAUUACAAAUAAAUAAAAUCUAUUAAUUGGCACUUUUUAUACAGGUAUUGGUAUGGAAGAUUCCGGUAAAAGUCAACUUACAGUUUUAUAAUUUGCUAACGUGUAUAGAGUAACAAGCAAAAUUAUCUUCGUUAUCAAGCAUAUAGCAGCGUAAUUGUUAAUAAGUUUAGUAUUGUUUGUUGCAAAUAGUUAGAUUAUACGCGUCUCUAGGGUCAGGAAGCCUUGCUCAAGUGUCAUUUGAUAUUUAGUGAAAAUAUUCACAGUUUUGCCAGAGUUAAAAAAUAGUCAAAACAUUGGUCGCUAAAAUAAAACUGUGAUUACGUACCACGCCGAAUUCUUCGUGUUUACCCGCGACACGCAGACAUUCAUAAGUUUCAUAACUCAAGGGCGAGCCAUAAAUGGCUCAAACCUGACAAGUGAGUAAUAUGUGUGUGCGAAAUGGGCUUAGGGCUUGUUACAGUUACACUUUUGUCUUGCCGACUCUAGCUGUGUUUAUCUGUCAAGUGUUUUACAUCAUUACUAAGACCAAUGACAAUUUAUUCUGCAUUUCUUAAUUACUUUUGCAAGCCUGGCUCUCGGAACGUAUCUAAAGUGUCAAAUCGUGUUAACGUAAAUGUCAUUGCUUAUAACGUAGGUGUUCAAUAAGGGCUGCAUUUUAUCGUGUGAAUUGGAAUACGAUACGAAUUUGGUACCAAAAUUAAAUAGAUAGGUAUAUUGUCUAUGAAAAUUACUAACUUGUUUGUAUCCAAGAUGUAAACUAAGACUAUACAAUUCGUUGCGAUGAGGCGAGCUCAAAUUUAAGACUUAAAUAUUAAGUCACCUCAAACCACGUGCUGUUUUGUUGAUAUCUUUAAACUUGUGGUGAUAAAUACCCAAAAAACUUAUCUAUAGCAUUUCAAACAAACUCCACAUUUCAAAAGGCCAGCAACUAGUUUUGUAACUGUAAAACUCUUGAACUCUACAAUAUGGUUCAAUAUUUAAAUUUAAACUGACUUUACAUAGAAUCUAGAAUGAAAUAUACGAGUAUGAAUUGAGUUAAACCAUUUUAAAAAUGCCUGCCCAAAACACCUAUACCCACAUUUUAAUCUCGUUGACGCAACAAAACAUGUUUGUGUGCGUUGCGUUAUCGAUGUGAGCGCAGUUCCUUUGGAAGGGCGCACAGUUUAAAAAUGGCUUAAGUAUACUUAUUUCGUACGUCACCCUUCGAAUACCAAGUAAACAAUAGGCUUGGUUUGUAAUUACUACCGUAAUAUGUCUCAUUAUAAUAUCGAUGGCAGUGAAACCUUGUUAAAAGUAAUAUAUGACUUUUAUUCCAGUUGAUGUAAGAUUUUAGAUGAUAACGUUUAUUAUUGGAUUUCAAUUGAUUAUUCAUGUAUUCAUGUAACUUAAAUGUUUGACUGCGGUUCAGCUCAAUAGCAUUAUGCACAAUUGAAGUAAGUAAAUGUUAUUACUGUGUUCAAAAAUGAUGUCACUAAUGGCAGAAAUGGCUCACUUAGUCGUUGCGAGGACUCGCAUGCGAGUUUUAUUACAUUGCGGUAUUUGACCGAUACAUUCAAUAGGAUGUAUCUCACUACUCGGCAAUGUAACAUGAUUUGUAUGCAUGAAUUCGCUUCCUCUUUUUGAGCCUGCAGGGUAAGGGCCAAGGCUUCGCAAUUUGCCAACUCGACGUUACGCAAUUUCUCUUUUAUUUUUUAUCGCGCAACACGAUGCAAGCAUGUUUAUAAAUGCUAGGCGAUCAAAUUUAUGAUAAAAAUCGGUUGUAAUCCAUUCCAGACAUUUCUAUGCAAACAAAACAAUCCGUUAUGUAAUUUAUGUACUUUGGUUUGUUGCGAGCUUAUUUUCGUCUAUACAUAUAUUUAGAUCAUUUUUCUUUUUUGUGAUUAUUUAUUGAUAAAAAUGUAAAUAUAAUUUUGUUAUUUAAUUUUACGUUUAAAUGAUUUUGGUAUUGAUGGUUUGUUGUUUUGACAAGUCAGCAAUUAUUUUAAGGAAAUGUAUCCGCCAACUGAUUUUGUAUUAUCAGAAUUCCUUUAAGUUGUCACUUAUAAUAAUAUUUUUAUUGAUAAAAAUGUAGUCAGUAUACGGUAUAAGUGUACACGUAGUUUAUAACUCAGUUUAAUGAACAAACACAUUAUUUGUAAUCAUUAUUAUUGUAACUAAGUUAUAGAGCAAGGUAGUCGACAGUCGACUAAAUGCACGUCGCGCGCACUGCACGGAUAUUGUGUUCGCAUUUUGUCACUUAUCGCGCUUGGUAAAGAUCCGACACAUUCCUAAGAGUUGGUGCAUAAGCGCAAGGUGGCGGCUUAUCAAUUGCGAUAAGUGACAAGGACUCGACCAUAAUAGGCCGCCUGGAUCAACUAGUGUAAGACAAAACAUCACAAUCAAAUUAAUAACGCACUCAUAAUAACGUCUCCCGAUAAGUUAAUCUAUUACAUUAGGUACUGACUAUAGUUGAAACUUUGGAAACUUUUAUAAAACGCACAAAAUUGUUAACCUACAUUUUUGGAAGAUUUUUUUUGUGUUUUUUUGUCUAUGUAACGGUGACAGCCAAAGAAUCGGAAGUGUGACUGGUGACCCGCUUUUGAAAAAUUGUGAUUCUUUUCUGAAAAUGAAUUAAUAAACGUGCAUUCUGAUGUG